UCAAACCCCCCUUCCUUUCUUCCUUGCCCUUCUCAAUUUCAUUUUCUUUUGGCUUUCUCAUGGAACUUCUUCUACCUUUCACACUUUUAAAACAAACCCACUUCCCAUUCACGGGCUAGGCUACUGCUACUGCUAGUUCUAGCUCCCUCUUCUUCUUCUUCUUCUUCUUCUUCUUCUUCUUCUUCUUCUUCUUCCCUUCAUUUCCCCUGUUUUGGAGCCGCUUUGUCCAGAGCUUUGUUUUGAGCUUGCUGUUCAUGGGGUCCUGCCUCAGUGCUAGGAUCAAAGCUGAGAGCCCUCUUCACAAUGGCAUGGUUGAGGAUUGUUGGAGGGCUGCUGGGAACGAGUUGAGAAGACUGUUCGAGGGCUCCAUACGUUUCAUAGGAGGCUCUAUGAUGUAUUUUGUUCGAGGGAAGUAUCGUUGAGGAUUGUUGGGAGAGGAGUCCAACGUCUGCUAAUUAAGGGUCGAUCAUGAGUUUAUAAGUAGCGAAUAUUAUCUCGACUGGCAAGAGAAUUUCUGGAGAACCUAGAAGGAAAGCCAUGAGAGCUUACUCUCAAAGUGAACUAUAUCAUACCAUUGUGGAGAUUCGUGAUUCCUAACGCUCGGUGAUUUAUGACAGAAUCUUUUUUAGAUGUUGAAUAACUUAAAAACUAGAUCAAGCAACCUUGUGAAGCAUCAGUGUUCAUGUUAAUUCUGUGGUUUUAUUGGCUGUCAGUGUAUUGACUUUUUGCUUCUGCUUAUGCUUUUAUAACAAUGGUUAUAUAUAAUGCCUCCUACACAGGCCUGAGCUCCAAGGAUUCAAGAGAUGAUAAAGGUAAUUCAAUCAGCAAGUCUUCAUCGGUCUCGACCCCGCGGACUCCACGAACAGAGGGCGAGAUCUUGCAGUCCUCCAACUUGAAAAACUUCCCCUACAAUGAGCUUAAAACCGCCACUCGAAACUUCAGGCCUGAUAGUGUGUUGGGUGAGGGUGGUUUUGGUUCUGUCUUUAAAGGGUGGAUUGAUGAGCAGUCCUUUGCAGCUACCAAGCCCGGGACUGGCUUGGUCAUUGCAGUGAAAAGGCUCAACCAAGAAGGCUUUCAGGGUCACAGAGAAUGGCUGACAGAAAUAGAUUACCUUGGUCAGCUGCAUCAUCCUAAUCUUGUGAGAUUGAUUGGCUUUUGUUUAGAGGACGAGCAUCGACUUCUCGUUUACGAGUUUAUGCCUCGAGGCAGCUUGGAAAACCAUCUAUUUAGGAGGAGUUCUCGGUUUCAACCUCUAUCAUGGAGCCUGAGAAUGAAAGUUGCCCUUGGUGCAGCUAAAGGACUAGCUUUUCUACAUAGCGACGAAGCGAAAGUAAUAUACCGAGACUUCAAAAGCUCGAAUAUCCUGCUCGACUCAAGCUAUAAUGCAAAACUCUCUGAUUUUGGAUUAGCCAAGGAUGGUCCUACAGGUGAUAAAAGCUAUGUUUCCACGAGAGUUAUGGGAACAUUUGGCUAUGCUGCUCCUGAAUAUAUGAUCACAGGUCAUCUCACUUCGAAGAGCGAUGUUUAUAGUUUUGGAGUUGUUCUUCUUGAGAUCCUAUCGGGGAGACGGGCUAUAGACAAAAACCGACCAUCUGGAGAACAUAAUCUUGUGGAAUGGGCGAAACCUUACCUCGCUAGCAAACGAAGAAUUCUUCGAAUAUUGGAUGCACGUAUCGAAGGCCAGUAUUCGACAGGAGGAGCACUGAAAGCAGCUAAACUUGCCAUUCAAUGCAUAUCAACUGAACCCAAGUUAAGGCCAAACAUGAAUGUGGUGGUGAAAGCAUUGGAGCAAAUUCAGGAUUCCAGUGAAACAAAUGGAUCAAGGGGUGGCCCUGUAAGCAAACCCCUAAAGAACUCCAGUCAAGGCCGUGGCUCCACAAAUAACAAAGCUGUUUCUUAUCCUAGACCAUCAGCUUCAGUACUAAAUCUUUAGACAUCUGAUGAACCGGCUAACGUUUCGGCCGAACCGGACGACCCCGCAUGUUUGUAACUGAAUCAUUGUACAGCUUCUUGUUUAAAGAUGUUUGUCUGCAGAAUCAGUCCCCUAGUGUGUUUCCUGUUCUUGCUUGGUAAGAACAAGAUUUCGUUCCACGAAGAGUCAGGCAUCAUAAGCUUAAAACACUCGUUUCAAACAAUGCUUUAACAAAAUAGAGUGUUGUUCUUCAUAUAGAAUUGAGAAUA